AAAUUUUUAAAAAAUUUAAAAAGCUAAAAACAUAGAAAAGACUCACACACAAUCUCUCCAUAAAUAGAACCUAGGCGUGUGUUCUCCACACUUCACCUAUAUUCUCUACCUUCUGUUGCAAACCAAACACAAGAACAAAGAAAAGAAAAAACCAAUUCAAAAGAGUUUUUUUUUGUUUAACUAUGGAAUCCAACAACGUGAACAACAGCUUGAACCUAGACAUGGAGAGUAAUCAAGAAACGGCGUUCGACUACUCCAAAAGAGCUCAAUGGCUAAGAGCCGCGGUGCUAGGUGCCAACGACGGUCUUGUCUCCACGGCUUCGCUUAUGAUGGGUGUCGGUGCCGUCAAGCAAGACGUCAAAGUCAUGAUCUUAUCAGGUUUUGCCGGUUUAGUAGCCGGAGCUUGUAGCAUGGCCAUAGGAGAGUUUGUCUCCGUGUAUUCUCAGUACGACAUAGAGGUGGCUCAGAUGAAGAGAGAGAACGGAGGACAUGUGGAGAAAGAGAAGCUCCCGAGCCCGAUGCAAGCUGCUGCUGCGUCUGCGUUAGCGUUUUCCCUGGGAGCGAUUGUGCCUUUAAUGGCGGCUGCGUUUCUGAAAGACUACAAAGUGAGGAUCGGAGCGAUCGUGGCGGCGGUGACGUUGGCGCUAGUGAUGUUUGGGUGGUUAGGAGCGGUUUUGGGGAAAGCGCCGGUGCUUAAGUCGGCGUCUAGGGUUUUGAUUGGAGGGUGGUUAGCUAUGGGCGUUACGUUUGGUCUGACAAAGCUGAUCGGGUCACAUAGUCUGUGAUAUGUUUUUUUUUUUUGUGUGUGUUUACAGACGUACGUGAGUAACGUGAGUAAACUCUUCUUCAUGCUUCAUGCUUCAUGCAACACAAUUUAAGCGGUUACGUUUUUGUUUAUAGGCGUGGAAAUGAACUUUGUGACUUUUUCUUAUUUCGUGGGAAAUUUGAUAGUAAUGGGAUAUCUCUUUGUAAACAAUUGUGUUAUAUAAAUCUAUCAAAUGGAGUUUUCCCCAAUAGUAUGAAUAAAGGCGCGUUGAGAGUCUUUUAAUUAA